AAACGACAACCUGCAUUCAUUAUUUUAAAGUCAUACAAGUAAAGGUAGUGUCGCUAAGACUGCCGUCCUAACAACAACACGCACGGACGACUUUUCUUUUACUGUCGCGUUAAGAGCGUCGUCGUCUGUCUUUUGUUUUUUCGCGAGGUUUUCCAACUGGAAUUUUCACGAAAAGGCUUCAGCGGUGGUAUCGGUUAUACGGGGCGGACGUACGUACGGUGGUGAGUGACACAAAACACAGGGAGAAGAAGCGAGAAGGAAAGAUAUUUUUGACAAGCGGGAAACAAAUUUAUCUAGACGCACCAAUUCGAUCAAUCAUCAUGGUUACAUACGAGAAACCUCUACCAACAUAAGCAAUGUCACUAGUCAAUUAUACUAAUCCCUUCGCGGCGACCCCAAAUCCUUUGGGGUCGUCCCCUUAUUACUCCCCCCGUUUGGACGCGAAUCCAUACGUUUACACAAAACCUGCCAACCCCUUCCUCCGAGAAGACUUAGCAGGCGGUUCCAGAAACUAUCCGCCACCCGUUCAACCGAAAAUCCAACCCUACGGUGGUCCAAACCUUCCGCAACCUCCCAGGCAACCGCCUCAAACCAAACAACUGCCAAGCCAAGCGCCCACACAACCCCCAGGAUUUACCAAGGUCCAUGGAGGCGCCGAGGAUGGGAUAUCAAGGGUUCACGCGGUUUUAGAUUACGACGAUCCGGAUUAUUAUGACGACGGGGAGGUACACGAUAAUCCCCUGCACGUUACCCCCAUUCAGGGACCUAUUUACGUCAAGAAUGGGUCUGUGCCUGUGGUACCGCUGUAUUCAUACCCAACGGUCAACAAUGGGACUUUCGUUCAAAUACCGAUUUUAUGGACUGCCCUAUCAGUAGCGUUAGGACUACAGAUACGUGGAGAUUAUAUUCGUGGAGUGCCCUGUAUAAAAAAAUACGGGCAACUAUUCUGUCCCACAGCGGGGAACAGCUACCCCCUAGACCGAAUAGAAACUUUCAUUGACGAAAACAAGGCGUUAAUGCGAAGGAUGUACGGGGACUUUACGAUGGGCGAAGAAUUCACGGGUGGCACGAAACGAAAGAGAUCGGUUAAUAAGCCGGGCGUACCGGAUUUACACGCUGAUCCGGGACCCGAUCCGGUUGUGAUGGGCGGAGAUUCGUUCUUCGAAAAAUUCACGAGGACGCCAAGACAAAACUUCCGAGCAAACCAAACAUCGGAAACUGGAAGGGUCGACGCGUGUGAAAGUAAAGUCGAAAUAGUCACGCCUUAUUGGGCGUCUAACUCGGCCGGAAAAGUAAGGGCAAUAGUAAAUACUCAACACUUCGAGCAAGCAAUCCAUCAAGAGGUGUGCUCGCAAGCGAGGACGAAACGUUGCACGGACGAUUGCGGUUGCGAGCAAAAAUACAAAUGGCACCGCCUCCUAGCCUACGAUCCAGAUAACGACUGCAAGGGGAUUUUCAUGGACUGGUUCCUGUUCCCGUCGUGUUGCGUGUGCAGGUGCAACCCCUAAAGCACAAACACUCUUCCCCCUCGCAUACCAACAACCAACAUCAAGAUACAAGCACGAACACUAGCCACAACUUGUGAUAAACAAAGAAAAAUAGUUACCAACGUUUUUAUCGUAAAAUGACUGCUACAUUACAUCACAUCAGCAACGUCGUGCUGCCAGCAUAAAAAACUCAAUCAAUUUAUAAUGUAUCGUAAGAUAUAACUUAUUGUAUUGUAUUUUAAAUGGAAAAAAAAGCAUUAAGACUCUAUCAUUCGUUCACAGUUUUAAAGUGGUACAUAAAAUGUAACAAUGGGCGGUGUACGCCGUCAUUUCAUUCGAUAUCGCCCACGAACACUACCCACAUUUCGUAACUCGCUGAUCUCCUACCCGUUGGAUAGCGUGAAGUAGGAUAGUAGGAGACCUUGCCGAAAAUCAAUUAUUAUUAAUAUCAAGUUGCUAUAUUGUA